GUGAGUUCCCAACUUUGUUUCUUCACUCCGGCUUUGGAUAAAACAUCCAUCUCUUAUAUUUUACUAUACCUUGGUGCUUGGCUUAUCUUUUACGGCCUGUUGACAUGUGGAUAGAGUCGACGUUCAUUCACGGCCCUCGGCUUCUGGGGUCGCUGCUGCUGGCUAUUACUCUUCCUCAAGCCAUCACCGUCGAUGCGGCUGCCAUCCAAGAAGUUUUCCAGCAAAAUGCGCCUGGGCAUAUCGGUGGCGUCGCCAGUGAGAGCAGAGAAUGCAGCGCCAUAGGAAGGGAUCUGCUGGCCCGAGGGGGCAAUGCUGUCGACGCCUUGGUUGGGACGACGUUUUGCGUUGGCGUUAUUGGCAUGUACCACUCGGGUAUCGGUGGUGGAGGCUUUGCCGUGCUUCGGGAUGCCAACGGCGAGUAUGAAGCCAUCGACUUCAGAGAAGCUGCGCCGGCCGCCGCCUUUGAGGACAUGUACAACAACAACGUGAGCGCAAGCGUUCGCGGUGGACUUGCUGUCGGCGUUCCCAGCGAAGUGAAGGGCCUCGAGUACAUGCACACAAAGUAUGGCGUCCUGCCUUGGAAGACAGUCAUGCAAGGUGCUAUUCACGUAGCCCGAAAUGGAUUCCGAGUUUCAAACGACCUUAUUCGGUAUAUGGGCAGUACUCUCAAAGCCGAUGGAGAGACUUUUCUUACCAAGGAUCCCAACUGGGCUACGGACUUUGCCCCUGAUGGUGACUUGGUCAAAGAAGGUUCUUGGAUGACACGCAAACGCUAUGCAGACACCCUUGAAAAGAUUUCCGAGCAGGGCUCAGAAGUUUUUUAUUCUGGAGAAAUGGCCAAAACCAUAGUUGACUUUAUUCAAAGCACCGGUGGGACAAUGACCCUCGAGGACAUGGCAAAUUACAAAGUUAUAAUUCGUCCCGUUCACAAUGUCACAUAUCGAGGUCUUGUGCUUCACGGCAUUGGGGCUCCCGCCGGCGGUACCGUCAGUCUCCAGAUUCUCAAGAUCAUGGAGCGUUAUAACUCGGAAGACUGGUCCGAUCAAGAUCUAUCCCGCCAUCGCCUUACCGAGGCCAUGCGUUUUGCUUAUGCUGCUCGAAUCAGUCUCGGCGACCCAGAAUAUGUGGACGACGAUGUGGAGGGCUUUGAACAGGAAAUGCUUGACCCUAAGAACAUUGACGCCAUUCAUGAGAGAAUCUGGGAUAACCAGACACACCCAGCCAAGUACUACAACCCUAAGAAGUUUUAUGUACCCGAUAGCCAUGGCACCUCGCACAUUGCAGCUGCCGAUAAGUCUGGCAUGGCCGUAUCUCUGACGACGACCGUUAACCUCCUUUUUGGAGCUGAAAUUGUUGAACCUACAACAGGCAUCAUUUUAAACAAUGAGAUGAACGACUUCUCUAUUCCCGGCGUCAGCAACGAGUUCGGCUUUGCUCCCUCCGUCGCAAACUACAUCCGCCCCGGCAAACGCCCUCUCUCCUCCAUCACUCCCAUCAUCGCUUCUUUCCCCAACGGCACUCUCUACGCUGUCAUCGGCGCUGCUGGCGGCUCCCGUAUCAUCUCUGCCACCGCUCAAGUGUUAUGGCACAUCCUCGACGGGCAUGACGAAACUCUUGCGGGAGCUCUAGAGCGACCACGGCUACACGACCAGCUCAUGCCGAAUCACGUUCUACUGGAAGAAAUGUUUGACGAUGAAGUAGCGGUAGGUUUGGAGAAAAGAGGCCACAAUGUGAGCUGGGUGCGACCAACCCUGAGCUCUGUACAGGCAGUGAGGAGGUUCACUGAUGGUGUGUUUGAAGCGGCGAGCGAGCCUAGGCAGAAGAACAGCGCGGGAUAUACCCUGUAGCUGGAGCAUAGGAAUUUUAUUGGGAUGAAGGUUAUGAUAAAUAUUUUUACCAAUAGAGCUAGACUUAGUAGUGAUACCAUUAGCAUUAGCGCAAACCUGGGUUGUUGCUUUCCUAUUUAUAAUCCUUGUGGGAUCUCUGGUGUGGAAGAAGGAAACGGAGGUAUACGACAAUGGGGUAUUUUAUGACUGUUUCAACGUCUUUAUUUUCUAAACUGUAUCCCUAUAUAUACAAUGAUUAGAACUUUUACUUGUCUUUCUUUAGCCAG